UUUAACUGGCGGAGAUUUCCCCCCUCAAGUGGGUGAAUGCUACCCAAGGUUGUUGUCUCACUCAACCCCCAAGAAGAAAAAAAAGGAAACAAGGAUGACGGAUAGGAGGAUAGGACUGACGACCACGAGACUACUGAUAGGAGCAAUCCGACGAACUGGUUCUACUAAUCAACAACAACGACAACGACGACGGGGAUAUUCAGGACUAUCAUCGAUCGAGGAAUGUCUGGACUCAUUGAAGAGGAACGACCCAGAAUCAGUAUUACAACUUCCAUUUUGGCCUAAAGAGUCGCAACCAGGAUUCGUGGCUAUCAAGAGUUUUCAUGGCGAGAUCAACAAUAUCCCGAAUGCGGUCUCGAGAAGUCAGAAACCAUUGAUCGCCCAGAUGCGCUAUCAAUGGUGGAGAGACGCUAUCGAUUCCUGUUAUCUCUCUUCUUCCUCUUCUUCUCAGACGGUUGAUAAUAGUCCAAUCAAUCAGAUCCCUUCUAAUCAUCCUCUGAUUCAUCUCUUGAAACCGAUCAUCAAGCAACACAAAUUAUCUAAAUAUUACUUCGCCCGAAUCAUCAAUGCUUCAGAGACCCAUUAUCUAGACCGACGAUUGCCGACUCUAACAGCCUUAGCAGACCAUUCACGCUCGACGACAUAUGCGAGUCUGUCCUUACUAGCACAAUUAUUAACGAGUAGCAAGCAGUGGAAGGAGAAGGGGACGAAGUUAGGAGGCGUCACAUUAGCGACGGUCGACCACAGUCUCAGCCAUCUAGCCCUCUUCCUAACCGUCGUCGAAUCUCAAACAAUUGCCCUACGACAUCCGCCAUCGAGGGACACAUAUCGUAAAUCUUAUCUCCCCAAAAUCACCAUCGACCGCACACUCAUACCUCUCUUCCUCCCUGCCACUCCGGCUAGAACUCAAUUAACCAAGAUCUCAAACAUCAUUCUUAAUACUCAUAAAGCAAGACGACAAGAAGAACAAGGGAAUCUGAAGAGUCAUUUGAUUGAUAAUGUGGCACGGAAAGCCGAUUGGACGGUUCCUUUUAAGCUAUGGUUCAACUUCACAUUCAAUAAGCUUUAGUCUCUCUUCUGUUCCCUCUUUUUUUUUCUAGAAAAAAAAAUAGAAUGGUUUAGUUGAAAAGUCACUCGGGGAAUUUGUGAUAGUCGUUGUUUAUGGGUAUCAGUAGAAAUGAGAUCUUACUAGAUUUAGCCUUCCUAGAAGGUCGGACUCCAAGACCGAAU